CACAACGUUCUACCCCGUGGAAGACUCACACGCAGGUGGAACAGUAGCGAACAGAACACUAUCAAAUUAUUACAGUUAUUCCCAUUUAUUUUUUUUGGCCUUAUUUCUAUUUUCCCUCCAUAUCUAUCACCAUCCGAACUAUAAUUUCCCUCCCUAUUUCCUCAUUUUCUUUCCGCCCGAUUUCUCAGAUCCAAAUCUUUCCUUAAAAAUCCCCAAAACCCUAACCCUCUCUUCGAAAAUCUCCACCCACCGCCUCAAAUUCGCCUCUCAAACCUCAUUCACCACGAAACUCCGCUGCCGAUCGGUCAAAACGAGGGUUUUGGCGCCGAAUCUCGCCCCCGUUUCUGAUCUCCGACGACGCCGAGGGGUUCCGACCGCCAAUCUCUAGGGUUUCUUAUAUGUCUGGGGGACGAGCAGCGGCGAAGUUCUCCGGCCAGCCCUCCGGUCAAGUGUUCCAGCCGCUGAAACGGCACUUGCCGUUUCCUUCGAAAACGCCGUCGCGAUUCGUUGAUCCUGAUGCGUACCAUAGUUUCGACAGUGUGAAUCGUAGGAUCGAUGAUGAUGGGGCUGAUGAGCUUGUCAUCAGAACUCCGUUGAAGCGAAAGACAGAUGUGGAUAAUGCGGAAGCUGCUGAAUCAAAUGAGUGGACCUACAGUCCUGGCUAUGUCGAAGGAAUUAACAGUCCCCUUCAGACACCUAUAUCUGGAAAGGGAGAUAAGAUCUUGGAUAAAUCUAAUCCCUUGAAGUACAGCAAACCUGGAUCUGCAAUUCCCAUUCCAAACGCUGGUUCUCCCAGUAAUGUUCUUACCCCAGUUGGUACUUGCCGUUAUGACAGCUCUCUAGGUCUCCUGACCAAAAAGUUCAUCAAUUUGCUUAAACAUGCUCAAGAUGGCAUCCUUGAUUUAAAUAAAGCUGCUGAAACUUUGGAGGUUCAGAAGAGGCGGAUAUAUGACAUUACAAAUGUCCUCGAAGGAAUUGGACUGAUUGAGAAGAAACUUAAGAACAGAAUAUGUUGGAAGGGAAUAGAUGAAUCAAGACCAGGAGGGACUGACGAUGGAGUUCCCAUUUUACAGGAAGAAGUUGAAAAACUUCAUGUGAAAGAGCGCAACUUGGACAGUCAGAUAAGUCAACUUCGGGAAAGGCUAAGGGAUUUUAGUGAGGAUGAAAGCAGUCAGAAGUGGUUAUAUGUGACCGAAGAAGACAUAAAGGCCAUUCCCUGCUUUCAGAAUGAAACUCUAAUAGCAAUUAAAGCACCCCAUGGUACUACACUGGAAGUUCCAGAUCCUGACGAGGUUGUUGAUUAUCCUCAGAGGAGAUAUAGAAUUGUUCUGAGAAGCACAAUGGGUCCAAUUGAUGUUUAUCUUGUCAGUAAAUUUGAGGAAACAAUUGAGCAGGUGAGUGCUACGGUGGCUUCUCCAAGUCCCCCACCUGUAUCACAUUCAGGCUCUACUCAGAAUGAUAUGGUGACAGUAAGACAAGGUCAUGAGAGUGGAGGCAAGGAACUUGAUGUUCAAGGUGCGCCGAUGAUGUCUGCCGAUCCAAAUCUUUUACAGGACCCAAUUGGUGGUAUGAAGAAGAUUGUUCCUUCAGAUGUCGAUUCUGAUGCAGAUUACUGGCUUCUAUCUGAUGAUCCCGGGGUCAGCAUUACCGACAUGUGGAAGACAGCUCCUGAUGAUGUCCAAUGGGAUACAGAGCCUAGACUAAAUGCGGAGGAUUUCCUCGCAAGCAGUCCUCAAACUCCACCGGCUGGAGUUGUCGAAGCACCCUUUAGUAAUAGUACUCCUAGGAGAAAGCAGGGUGUGUGAAGAUGAAGUCAGAUUGAACUGUUUCCUUUAUAAGCCUUUAACUGGCUUGGCUACACCAUAUAUUUAUAACCCCCAUCCCUGGGUUUUUAAUGUCGUAGCAAUAUCGGCUUUUGUUAGAGCUGCUAGUGGGUUUGUGCAGUUGAGGAAGAAGAUAGUAUCUCCUGUGUACAGUUAAGGGUAGGAUGCCCUCUUAUUAGCUAGUAAUGUAAAAAAGAUGAACG